AUGUCGAAUGUUUCUACAACCACUGAAAACAAGCACUUAAAAUUCACGCCAAUUCAGUCAUUUGUGGAGUCAUCAUUCUUUACGAAACUAUCAGAGUUGAAAUUGAAUGAAUUCAAGUUAGAUUCUACAAAGAAGCAAAUAAAAGGGUUCUCUACUCAUCCAAGAAGACUAAAUAAGUUUAAUGAUCAUCCUACUAUCAAUUUUGAUUAUUCUAGCUUUGAUAAGGGUCUGAAUGUAGAUGAUAGCAACAUUUCAUGGAAAGGAUAUGUCUAUAAUGUUAAUACAAUCGAGGAAUUUAAAGAUAUAGAUAAGCAGGCAACCUUAAAGCGAUGGGGCACUGAGAUAUUUGACAAGAUCAAGGAUAGUAGUGCAGAUUUGGGUUAUGAAUGUAUUAACAAAGUCCACCUUUUAGCAUUCUGUGAUCUAAAGAAAUAUAAAUUUUAUUACUGGUUUGCAUUUCCAACUUUACAUUCACCGUGGAAUAUAAUUCGGAGCGAGGAAGAUAUUGUGGAAUCGUUUAUUCCAAGUAUCAAGGAUUUUGUAGAUACUUCUAAAUUUGUACAGUUUUUCCAAAUCGGCGAUGGAAAUAUGAUUGAAAGGAUCCUGGACUUUCAAGAUAAUAAAGUAUUUGUAUUUAUUGAUACAUGUCUAAGUCAAGAAUGUGCCCCCUCGGUGCAAUUAAAAAACUACCUAUACAUUUUAGCUCAUAAAGGAUUUGAGGAGAUCGAUUUAAUAAUAUACAGAAAUAAUGGCAGCUCUUUCUUUUGGAAAUUGCAACUUGAUAAAAAUAAAUUUACUAUAAAUGAAGUUCCAAAGAUAUUGGGUUGGGAAAGAUUAAGCAGUGGAAAGUUUGGUCCUAGGCUUGCUGACUUAGGUUCGUUAAUUGACCCACAGGAGCUAGCCAAGCAGGCAGUGGACUUGAAUCUAAAGUUAAUGAAAUGGAGGAUAGCACCAAAUUUGGACCUAAACUUAAUAAAAAAUCAACGAGUCUUGCUUUUGGGCGCGGGGACUCUUGGUAGUUACGUUUCUAGAGCACUUAUGGGAUGGGGUGUAAGGAAUAUAACCUUUGUUGAUAAUGGACGAAUUUCGUAUUCUAAUCCAGUUCGUCAGCCUUUGUUCAGCUUCAAGGACUGCUAUAGUGAUGAAGGACAAGGGGAAUGGAAGGCCAUUAGGGCUGCAAAUAUGUUGAAAGAAAUAUUUCCCGAUGUUCAGUCUAAGGGUUAUAAUUUAGAGGUGCCAAUGAUUGGGCACCCAGUUAACGAUGAACAAAAACAAAAGUCAAAUUUUGAUAAAUUAAGUGAUUUGUUUGAUGACCACGACAUAGUAUUCUUAUUGAUGGAUUCAAGAGAAGCAAGAUGGUUGCCUACAGUUCUAGGUCUUGCAAAAGACAAAAUAGUGCUUAAUGCUGCAUUGGGUUUUGAUAGUUACUUAGUAAUGAGACAUGGAAAUAUAUCUCAAGAAAGCAAUGAUCACUUGAGAUUGGGCUGUUACUUUUGUAAUGAUGUUGUAGCUCCAAAUGAUAGUUUAUCGGAUCGUACAUUGGAUCAAAUGUGUACAGUAACUCGACCAGGUGUGGCGUUGAUGGCUUCAUCUUUGGUGGUUGAAUUGCUUGUAUCGAUAUUGCAGCAUCCCAGAAAGCAAUAUGCAGAGCCGGGCCCUGCAAAUAGUUCCAUAUUAGGUGAAGUUCCCCAUCAGAUUAGAGGGUUUUUACAUAAUUACACUCAGAACAAAUUACAAACACCAAAUUAUAAACAUUGUUCUGCAUGCUCGAAGUAUGUGAUAGAUAAGUUGAAUGAGUUAGGGUGGGUGUUCGUUAAGAACUGCCUCAAUGAUGUAGCGUACCUUGAAGAAACCUGUGGGUUGCUAAAGGUUCAACAAGAGGCUGAUCUAGCAUCUUCAGAAUUAUUAAAGGACUUGGAACUAAGUGAUGACGAUGAUAGUGAAUGGUUGGAUUAG